AUGAAUCAAACAUUAACUUUAUAUAAUCAAAAUUCUGAAUAUAAUCAUGAAUCAAUUCUAAAUCAAAUUAUUUAUACUGAAAAUAAAAAUGGAUUCUAUUCAUCGGAAACAACAAUGACUAAUUCAUUAAAUCAUCUAAAUAAUGAUCUACAAAAUACUGUAUUAUUCAAAUCAUGUACAAUAAAAUCUAAUAUAAAAGAUGUUGAUCAUGAUAAUAAAGAUAUUUCAUUAAAUCAUUUUAAUAAUGAUUAUCCAUUAGCUCAUUCCUCUCCAAAUUCAUUUAUAAAUGGUAAGUGUUAA